AUGGGGGGGGCGCCCUACUACGCGGGCAUGGCGGCGCUGCGGGUGGGCGCGGAGCUGCUGUACCUCUGCACCGCCGAGGAGGCCACAGGGCCCAUCAAGGGCUACUCCCCGGAGCUAAUGGUCAGCGAGGUCUACCGUUGGUCCGUGAUGUCCUCCCACGACGCAGGCGUCGUGGAGCAGGAGAAGAAGCGCAUGGUGGAGAAGAUGGAGGCGCUGCUUCCCCGGUUCCACGCGCUGGUCCUUGGCUGCGGCCUGGGACGUGAUGACCGUGUCCUGGACGCGGUGGCCCGCAUCAUCGAGGCCGCCAAGGCGCGGAAGCUGCCGCUGGUCAUCGACGCGGACGGGCUGUGGCUCAUCGAGCGCCGCCCGGAGCUGGUGAAAGGCUACAACGAGGCGAUGCUCACCCCCAACGCCGCGGAGUUCCGGCGCCUCAGCGCUGCGGUGCUGGGCCGCGAGGACGCCACGGUGCUGGAGCUCUGCGAGGCCAUGGCAGGGCCCAUCAUCCUGCAGAAGGGCGCGGUGGACCUCAUCGCUGCGCCGCAGCUCAGCGAGGUUCGGCGCUGUGCCGAGGAGGGCGCCCCCAGACGCCCAGGCGGGCUCGGGGACUUCCUCGCGGGCAGCCUCGGCACGCUGGCGGCCUGGGCCGUGCUGCGGCGCCGGAGCUUGGUGCUGGCCUGCGAGGCCGCGUGCGUCUUGGUGCGGCUGGCUUGCAAGGAGAGCUACCGCAAGCGCAAGCGCGCCAUGGUGGCCCCGGACGUGCUGGAGGAAGUGGGGGCUGCCUUCGAAACCCUUUGCCCUGCCAGGCCGGCGGCAGGCCGACUUGGCACUUGGGACUUGGGGCUUGGAGGAGGUGCAAAGGGCCCACCUUCGCUGUUGUUGGCAUGUGUUUUUUCUUCUUUUUUCGCUGGUUUUGUUGUUUUCCUCGUUUGUUUUGUUCUUUCUGUUUUUUGGUUCAGUUCAUGUGUACUAGGGGGCUGCAAAAUCAAAGUUUGUGGCAACCAUGCCAAGGGUUGUAAAGCCAGGUCGACGCUGGGGAACUUCGAGGUAAGGGAACCCCCCAAAAACCCUUAA